AUGGUCAAGGUCACAUUGUCCUCACCUGUCCAGUACCACCUUUCCUGUGAAUUUCGUCCACAAGCCCAGGGCAGUUGUGUCGGGCUGAAGAUGGUCACAUCCCUGGAGACCAUCGUACUGUGCAACGUGUGCAGAUUCAGCUGCACGCAGCACUUGGAGGCCUCUUCUCUUCUGUUCCCAGAGCUCAGCCCAUUGAUAGCCUUCACCGUGAUGGACAUCGCCAUCAUUGCAGGUGUGAUCACCGCUGUGGCCAUCGUUCUGAUCGGCCUGAUCUUCGUCGUACUAUGCUACAUGUACCGGCACAAGGGCACCUACCAUACCAACGAGGCCAAGGGCACGGAAUUUGCUGAAAGUGCAGAUGCGGCUCUACAGGGUGACCCUGCCCUCCAGGAUGCUGGUGACAGCGGUAGAAAAGAGUACUUUAUCUGAGGGACAUGAGACCUCACCUCCCUGAAUGACUCCUCCGAUUCCACGAGGGAAAAUGCACCUGCACCCCACCACCACUACCGGCACCACCAGGCAGACCAUGAGAUCACCUGCCUCUUCCCAAGAUACCUGGAACACUAGGUACCUGCCUGGGGAGGAAAAAAGGAGGACCCAAGCUGCAUGAGGCCUCUCCGAGGGACCCAGUGAGGCAGCAGCCACCCAUGAGGCCCGCCUUUGCUCUGCCAGGGAGAAAGAAAGAAUGGGCACACAGGUCUCCCUGCACAGGAUGUCAUCUCAUUGGCGUGAAAGUCCAUGCUGGGGUGAGUGGGGUGGGUGGUCCAGGGGCUGGGGAAGCAAGGAAGUGAGUCAUCCAUACCCUGACUGGGAUAAUGGCAGUCCUUGACAUUUGGGGGGAACAGCAGGUGCCAGAGCUAAAAGGUAUCUUUGUCUCCCAUUGAUCCAGCUCAAAACAAUUGGAAAUAAAUUUGAAAUGUAACCGAGCACUCAGAGUCAAACGGCAUUACCGUAAUUGUCUGGGGAAACAUAAUCGCCACCCAGAGCUUGCUUCCCACCCACACGACUUUGUGUUCUCUGACAGCGUCUGUGUACAGGGGGCUGGGAUGGUCCACUUCUGGCUCCCAUGGGCCAGUUCUCUGAGAGCGCAGACCCAGACCGUGCAGCCGGCUCCUGGGCCUGCUGAGGAAGGGAGGACGAGUGACCAGCAUUCCCUCCCCAACGUGGCACCAGCUGCAUGAAACAAAUGGAGGGGUGAGGAAUCCCUCCAGAAAUAGACUGUCCCAGUGGCCAGGGCCUUGGCUGAAGCAUUGAUUUUCUAAUGCACAAUUUCAUAAAAUAAUGGACAUGUUAAACAAAUCUGAGUGAGCCCAUCCUUCCCAAAAUGCCGGUGACAAUGGCAUCGAGUGGUGCAGCACAGGCUGCAGAGCCCCACUCCCUGGACAUGCAUCCCUGCUUCCCUUUUCUGGUCCCAGGACCUUGGGCAACUUGCUUGACCUCUCUUGCCCAAUGUCCUCAUCCCUCCAGUGAAAAUGGUGCUAGUAAUGGAAGCUCUGUGAACCUGAGUCGCAGUGGGGAGGGCAGGCACCAGUGUGCCCAGAGCUCGGUGCUCACUACCUUCUGAUGUCCGUCACUGGCACUGAUCAGACAGUGUGUGUGUGUGUGUGUGUGUGUUGGUUAGCAAACAUUCCCCAUUGUACCACAUCUAAAUGCUUCCUGAGGAGCAGCCAUGAUUGAAAAUGAAUAGCAGAGAGAGAAGAUGGAUUCAUUAACCGUUCCCUCCCAUGCCAGUCUGUCUAAAAUUCCAAACAGCUCAACAAUCACUCAGAAACCAGCAACUCCAAGAUUAAAGUCUGUACCCCAGGGGCCCAGGGUCACUUCAAGAGCCCGCUCCAGCUAAGGUUAUUGAAGCUGCGCUGUCUCCACCUGAGAGUCAGCCAAAAGGUCCCUCAUCUCUCUCCCUAAGAGGAAGAUGGGGAUCUAAGCUCAGCCGGGAAGGCCACCAACACAAGGAGCUGGAGGUCGAAAGGCUGUGGUGGGGAGAGAUGUAGAGAGAGCUUGCAGAAGCUGAUGAUGGCUGGAGCCUGGUCAAAAGGCCAGACCCUUCUCUGGGUGACCUGAGCUCCCUGGCCCUGCACUUUCUCAUCUAUAAAAUAAAGGACUUGGCUGUA